UCCUGAAAGGGCUCGAACAACCGAUUCGCAGCAAGUGCUGGGGCGAAAUCGGAAGCGUCCGGGAUCAGACAGGCCGGAGAGCCAGGCCGCCGUCCCCUACUCUUAAAAGGAAAAUCCCCGCAAAGUGCCUCGGGCCCGGGAGAACCGUUUUGCAGGGGCCGGGUCUCUAGUGGUCUGCCUCGGGGCCACUUCAGCGUGACCUAAGGAAAGGCGCCCCUUUGUCCCGCGCACCGAGUCGGUAAUAUAUUCCUCCAGUUUUCCCAAAAUACUCAUCAAGUGUGGGGCUAAGACAAUGGCCCCGUCGGGGGAGGUCAGGGACCCGGCGCGCACGCCUCCCGGGCCUUUCGCGCGCUCGCGGCGGAGCGCGACAAAGCGGAGCCCCUCUCCCAGGAGACUGGCCGCGCAAGCCGAGCUCGGGCGGAAGGCGAAGGCCGCAGGCGCGCGCGUGGGGCAGUCGACGCGCCGCCCCGCCGGUGCGCGGUUUGUAGUUGGGGUGGGCGAACGCCGCUCGGAACCCGCGCGGCAGCCCCACGACGCCGCCGCACGGCGCUCGCCUGCCGGCACCGAGCCGCUCCCAGCCCGCCUUCGCCUCGUGAGCCAACCGCGGCGGCCACGCGUGCCUGGCCCGGUGGUGGACGAACGUCGCUCGGUUACUCAAGAGAGCUGGAUUGAAAGAUGUCUCAAUGAAAGUGAGAACAAACGUUAUUCCAGCCACACAUCUCUGGGGAAUGUUUCUAAUGAUGAAAAUGAGGAAAAAGAAAACAAUAGAGCAUCCAAGCCCCACUCCACUCCUGCUACUCUUCAAUGGCUGGAGGAAAACUACGAAAUUGCCGAGGGGGUCUGCAUCCCGCGCAGCGCCCUCUAUAUGCAUUACCUGGACUUCUGCGAGAAGAACGACACCCAGCCCGUCAACGCGGCCAGCUUCGGAAAGAUCAUAAGGCAGCAGUUUCCACAGUUAACCACCAGAAGACUCGGGACCCGAGGACAGUCAAAGUACCAUUACUACGGCAUUGCGGUGAAGGAAAGCUCCCAGUAUUACGAUGUGAUGUAUUCCAAGAAAGGAGCCGCCUGGGUGAGCGAGACGGGCAAGAAAGAAGUGAGCAAACAGACGGUGGCAUAUUCACCCCGGUCCAAACUUGGAACGUUGCUGCCAGAGUUUCCAAAUGUCAAAGAUCUAAAUCUGCCAGCCAGUCUGCCUGAGGAGAAGGUCUCGACCUUUAUUAUGAUGUACAGAACACACUGUCAGAGAAUCCUGGACACUGUAAUAAGAGCCAACUUCGAUGAGGUUCAAAGUUUCCUUCUGCACUUUUGGCAAGGAAUGCCCCCCCACAUGCUGCCUGUGCUGGGCUCCUCCACGGUGGUGAACAUCGUCGGCGUGUGUGACUCCAUCCUCUACAAAGCGAUCUCGGGGGUGCUGAUGCCCACCGUGCUGCAGGCACUCCCGGACAGCUUAACUCAGGUGAUCCGAAAGUUUGCCAAGCAGCUGGAUGAGUGGCUAAAAGUGGCUCUCCAUGACCUCCCAGAAAAUUUACGAAACAUUAAGUUUGAAUUGUCGAGGAGGUUUUCCCAAAUUCUGAGACGGCAAACAUCACUGAAUCACCUUUGCCAGGCAUCUCGGACGGUGAUCCACAGUGCAGACAUCACAUUCCAAAUGCUGGAAGACUGGAGGAACGUGGACCUCAACAGCAUCACCAAGCAAACCCUCUACACCAUGGAAGAUUCCCGCGAUGAGCACCGGAAACUCAUCAUCCAGUUGUACCAGGAGUUUGACCACCUCCUGGAGGAGCAGUCUCCCAUCGAGUCCUACAUCGAGUGGCUAGACACCAUGGUGGACCGGUGUGUUGUGAAGGUGGCUGCCAAGAGACAAGGGUCCCUGAAGAAAGUGGCCCAGCAGUUCCUCUUGAUGUGGUCCUGUUUUGGCACAAGGGUGAUCCGGGACAUGACCUUGCAUAGUGCCCCCAGCUUCGGGUCUUUUCACUUAAUUCACUUGAUGUUUGAUGACUACGUGCUCUACCUGUUAGAAUCCCUGCACUGUCAGGAGCGGGCCAAUGAGCUCAUGCGAGCCAUGAAAGGAGAAGGAAGCACUGCAGAAGUCCGAGAAGAGAUUGUCUUGACGGAGGCCGCCCCACCAACCCCUUCACCGGUGCCAUCGUUUUCGCCAGCAAAAUCUGCCACGUCCGUGGAAGUGCCGCCUCCCUCCUCCCCCGUCAGCAACCCAUCCCCUGAGUACACGGGCCUCAGCACCACAGGAGCAAUGCAGUCAUACACGUGGUCUCUGACCUAUACGGUGACAACGGCAGCAGGGUCCCCCGCUGAAAACUCCCAACAGCUGCCCUGUAUGAGGAGUACUCACGUGCCUUCUUCCUCCGUCACACACAGGAUACCAGUGUAUCCGCACAGAGAGGAGCACGGCUACACGGGCAGCUACAACUACGGGAGCUACGGCAGCCAGCACCCUCCCCCGAUGCAGAGCCAGUACCCGGCCCUCCCCCAUGACACAGCCAUCUCUGGCCCGCUGCACUACUCCCCUUACCACAGGGGCUCUGCUCAGUACCCUUUCAAUAGCCCUACUUCCCGGAUGGAACCCUGUUUGAUGAGCAGUACUCCCAGACUGCAUCCCACCCCAGUCACCCCCCGAUGGCCAGAGGUGCCCACAGCCAACACGUGCUACACAAGCCCGUCUGUGCAUUCCACGAGGUACGGAAACUCUAGUGACAUGUACACACCCCUGACCACGCGCAGGAAUUCCGAGUACGAGCACAUGCAACACUUUCCUGGCUUUGCUUACAUCAACGGAGAGGCCUCCACAGGAUGGGCUAAGUGACUGCUAUCGCAGGAAUCCAUAUUUAAUAUUAAUAAUAAUUAUUAAUAAUAAUAAAAAACCCAACAACCCACCCCCAGAAGACUUUAUCUCUAUAUAUCAUAACUCACGGACUAUUCCUAGGUGUCCAUUUUCCUAAUGAACGUGAGUCUGGGAUUCAGUGUGGGAUGAAUCAACUUUAGUUCAGAAACAGGACUCACUAAAAGCCAGUGAGAUUGGGUUCCUGUAGCCAAGCCAGACUUGACUGUUUCUAUAGAGCACUAUUUCGGGCAGGCCAAUCUGUGCCUUCUCCCUCUGUUCCAUGACUUUG